AGAGAGAGAGAUCAGAUGGGAGGGGGAGAAAGGACAGAUGGAGUAAGAGAACACAAGUGAUGAAGAAGGUCCACAGUCCGAUGUUAUGCGGGGCUGCAGAUGCAUAGUAAAGAGAAGGGAGGAAAUGCAACAGAAGGGAACCCUGGGUGCUAACAGGCAGAGAAGUAUACAGUAGUGGGAGUUACAGGUGACAUUGUAAGAGUGAUCAGCCCGCUAUGCUGCCCUGCAGAUUGGUCAUUGUUGGUCUUAUCUACUGCUGCAUCAAACCAGGUGUCGCACAUCAUGGGACUAAAGCCCUAUUCCCAGCUGCAAGAAGAAUAAAACGAGGGGUGGCAAAUGUGGUGAACCCCACCUUCCACAAAUCCUUUGAUGAUGUUCAUCUGUUAUUUGAGAUCCUGCUGGCUGGCAUACACUUUGAGGGCAGUGGAGAGAUUUCAGUCCAAGAUGCUGAGCUGGCUUCCCUGCGCAAGACAAAAAACCUGGAAGUCAUCUGUGAGGAGAUCAUUCCCAGGAAGCUAACAGACAUAUAUAGGCUCAUCUCUGACCUUUCAGAUCAUAUUGGUCCCCUUCAUCAGGACGAUUUUGAGCGCAUCCUGUUGACCUUGGUAUACAGUACACAGCAGAUGGUCAAUUCAACUACUGAACACCAACGGUCUGUGUGGGAAGAGUCUUUUGUUAGUUUGUACAAAGCCAUCAAGCAGGAUCUGACAGGGACAACUUAAACAGAUAUUGGUGUUGAUACACAAAUGGCCCCAUGUUGGACCUUUUUUGAAAAACCCCUUUGAGUUCAGUGGCUUGUCCUGAUUUGUGCAUUGAGGAAGUUUUGUACGCUGGCAUAUAUAGAUAUGAGAAGCCUGAGAGAAAAGUCCUGACACAAAUAGGUAAAGUGCAUGACCUGAUAAUGACAUGACUAUUCAAAUAUUGACUGUCAUAGCAAAGUUAAUUCAAACAUGAGGUACUGUAUGUAUUAUAUGUGGAAUGUGGCAAUUAACAUGGAUCUUUUUACAUUUGCAUCUUUUCAGUGUUUGUUCACUAUCAUCUAGUUGUGAUCACAAUAAAUCAAAGAAAACAAAUAAAACAAUA